AUGGAGGAGGAUAUUGGGGAGAGUGAGGCGAGGCUGGUGGUGUUGGAGUUCGAUAAGUGUUGUGGCCGAAAUGUGGUGUUAUAUGGAUCUAUUGGUGGUGGCUUGAUGGGGGGUGGGCAUGGGUUGGGUUGGCGUUUNUUGAAAUCUUCUUCUUUGUUUCCUUACUUCAUGUUGGUAGCAUUCGAAGCUGGAAGCCUUUUAAGGGCUUUCGUGCUCUUCGUUUGUUAUCCUUUUAUUCAUAUUUGCAACGAAGAUUUCGGGUUGAAAAUUAUGGUAAUGAUUUGUUUUUUUGGGUUAAAGGAGGACAGUUUUAGAGCAGGAAGUGCUGUUUUGCCGAAAUAUUUUCUUGAAAAUGUAGGGAUGGAAAUUUUUGAGGUCUUGAAUAGAGGUAAAAAGAAAGUGGCUAUAAGCAAUUUGCCUCAAGUAAUGAUUGAGAGUUUUCUGAGAGAUUACUUAGAAAUUGAGUCUGUUUAUGGAAGAGAAUUAAGGGUUUUUGGUGGUUACUUUCUAGGAUUAAUGGAAGAAAAAAGAGAAUUUUUUUUCGAGAAGAAUGCAUCUAAUCUUAUUGGAGUCAGCAGCUUCGAGAAAUCUUUUGAUUCCCAAUGGUUUUCUUAUUGUAAGGAGAUUUAUUUGGUAAGUGAAGGAGACAGAAGGAAUUGGAAUCAACUUCCGAGGAAUUUAUAUCCAAAGCCAUUGAUAUUCCAUGAUGGGAGAUUGGCUUUUAGGUCAUCUUUUUUGGCUACACUAUCCAUGUUCAUGUGGCUUCCUAUGGGAUGUAUUCUAUCUAUUAUUAGGAGCUUCAUUGCCUUGUCAUUGCCUUAUAAUAUAGCCAUUCCUAUACUAGCUUUCACCGGGAUCCAACUUCGUCUAAAGAACGUACCAAAGAGGCGCCUCGACUCUACCUCGGAACAAGAACAUAAUAGAAGUCAAGGUGGCCUUUUAUAUGUGUGUAACCACAGGACCUUAUUGGAUCCUCUUAUGAUCUCUUAUGGACUCAAGUCUCCAUUAACAGCAGUUACAUACAGUCUAAGUCGAAUGUCUGAGCUCCUAGCGCCAAUCAAAACCGUCCGAUUAGCACGCAAUAGAAAUCAAGAUGCAUUGUUAAUGAAGAAAAUGUUGAGUCAAGGUGACCUAGUAGUUUGCCCUGAGGGCACAACUUGUAGGGAGCCUUAUUUGCUGAGAUUUAGCCCUUUGUUUUCACAACUAUCUGGUGAUCUCGACCAUUACAUUUUGCCCGUCGCCAUGGAUUCUCAUGUUAGCAUGUUUUAUGGAACUACCGCAGGAGGGUACAAGUGCCUCGACCCCCUCUUCUUUCUCAUGAAUCCAUGCCCUACUUAUACACUUCAAUUUCUACACAAGGUACGCGGUGUGGCUGCAAAUUUUGAUCCCGCUGAAAAAUCGAAAUUUGAUGAUGUAGCCUUCUUGAGACAUGAGAAUUCUUGCCUCAUGCUUAAUGUUUUUGAUUGUCGGUUAGGGAGAGAGGGGUUAUGA